CGGGCUGCGGCGGUUUAUGGUGUGGGGCCGAAUCGAGCGGGGGCCCUGCGUCCGAGACCUCCCUGCGCUCUCCGGGGAUGGCUGUGAGACCAGCGCACCCACCGUGUCCCUGGCAUCCCCAUGUCCCAGUGCAGCGAUCCUGGAGCAGUCGCUUAACCUCCUCAGGACACGGCUGUGUCCCCAAGAAACGCCCGGGCCAGCCGCAGACCCAGGCCACUGUCCCACACCCUCUCUGUCUACAUCUGUCUGCUGACAUUCACCGGCCACCUUUGCCACUCACCUGGCGUCUUCCUGCCAGCGGGGGCCCACUGCAGGCUUCCUUUCUGCAGCCCAGGACUCCUUUAUGGUUCCUCAUCACCCCCACGAUGAAGCCCUCUUGCUGAAGCACCCUCUUGCUGAGGGUGCAGCUUGAGCAGACCCUGCUCCCCUGGGAGCCCUUGCAGUUUUUCGAAUCCUCUCCUGCUGCCCGGGUUUACCUCUGCGGUCCUCUGUCACUGAGCUAUUUCCUUUUUUUCACGUGUGUGCGCCCACGCAGAGGACAGCUUCCUGAAGUCAGUCCUCUCCUACCAUGCUGGUCCCCUGAUCCAAAUCGGAUUUUCAAACUUGGUAGCAAGUGCCUUUACCUGCUGAGCCACCUCCCUCAACCCUACAUUCUUUGAACUCUUCAGCUCCUAGAGGGUUGCCUCCCUACUAUGACUGGCCCGGUGAGGCAUGCCAGAGCAGACAGUCAUAUGUAGGUCAUCCUAGAGCCCUUACAGUAGCUUGGUUGCUUGUAACACCAGGGCCUGGUUUUAUGUCUGUGAUCACAAUGCUUGGGCUUUGUGGCAGUGAGUGAAUAAUCCCGGCUUACAGUACCCAGUGGCCCCAUCUGUGACAUGAGGUCCCACAUGCUGUCUGUCCUCUCCAUAUAACACUGGCAGGUCCCAGAGGCUUAUGUCUUUAAUGUCUUUCUUCCACAGCUUUAUUUUCUCUGGCUGCCCUGCACAUGGUUGUUGAGUGGAAGUGGGUCUUCCAGGUCCUGCCCCAUGCAGGAUGGAGAACUAGUUAACUGUAGAAGUAUCUGGAAUCAUGACUGAGAGUUCCUCCCCAUAUGGCAGACUCAGGAUACUGGCAUACGUAGGGACAGCCACAGGCAGGAAACUGAGGCCUCCCCUUGCUUGACUUGUCUAGAAAACAUACUGCAGGUUGAGACCCCAGAAAUUACACACCUGAUAAGAUGUGUGGCUAGGCAUGAGGUCUGUGACUAGGAGGAGGAAGGACAACUCUAGAAGGGAGGUCACUCAAUAGGUGUGUGCUGCAGAAAGUGUCAAAGUAGCGAGGGCCAAGCCUUUGACACGGAAUGAUAGCGGCGGCUGAGAUGGACCUUCGUAAGGUUAGAGUGCAGUUGGGGAAAGGUUCAGGUGGUGGUUGAUGGAACCAGCAGGCUUAAAGAUGAUGGGAGUGACCCGGAGGGGAGUGUGAGGGACAGCACUCCCUUUCCUGGCCUUGGUUCACUUUGUCUCCAGCUUGGUCAGGUGUUCUUUCUCACUGGACCACAGGUCCUUCCAAGCCCUCUGUGUCUAAGGGGUGUUAAAUGAGGAGGCCUUGAUUAUAAAGCCAGUGUCUCUAAACAUUGACCUUGUGGAUAUUUGGAGCGGGGUCAUUCACUGAUAGCCUGUUCUGGGCUAUUCAGGGUCUUGGACAGAGUCUCUGGUCCCCACCUGCUCUGUAGGUGUGCUCCCAGUUACAGAUGUGGCCUGGUGUUGUCUUGGUUCCCACCUGCUCUGUGCUAGAAGUGCUCCCAACUCCAUUCUAGGAGUGCUGUAGAUUCCAGGUGUGGCCUGGUGUCUCUUGGAGACACCUGGUGUCAUCUGCAUCUUUGAGAAUUGCUACCUGGGAGCUGGGGACUUGUUGGUACUAUCUUUGUCCUUGCUCUGGCUGUCAUAGCUGUCCUCUCAGUGUGUCCCUGAAUUGUUAGGGACUGGGAUAUCCCUCUCACCAGUGGUCUUACACCUCAGAUUCUCAGGGAUCCAAAAAUGUGUGUGUGUGGACCCACAGCUGCCUGAGUGUCAUGUGUCUCCCUUUGCCUGUUAUCCAUGUCUCUCUGUCCCUGUGGAUUUAUAUGCUGUGACCUAAAACCCAGGUGUAGGUUGAUAUCCUGUUAAAAUUGCACCAUGAGCCAGGUGUGCUGGUGCACGCUUUUAAUCCCAGCACUUGGGAGGCAGAGGCAGGCGGAUUUCUGAGUUCCAGGACAGCCAGGGCUAUACAAAGGAACCCUGUCUCAAAAAACAAAACAAAAACAAAACAAAAUUGCACUAUGAAGUCUUCUGCCUUCCUCUCAGGUUAUGAGAGAUGGUUGUGGGCUUUUCUGGAAAUGUCUCUGUAUCUAUCCAUUGGCAGCUCUGCAUACAGUGGCAGUGGCUUUGGUGUCACUUGAACACAUUUUAGGAUGUCCUGCAGAAAUGGAGCAUUUGGGUUUCUAUUGGAGUCAGGCCCCCCCCCCCCCCGCCUUCCCAUUUCACUUCCCUUCUGCAGUUUGCUGCCUCUCUGAGGCAGGCCUGGGAGGUUGGGUGACUGAACCCUGAGGUUGCAGCUGCUGGAGGCCACAGCUGCCCUGACCCUGCGGGAGACCCCCCCACCCCUGGCCCCAAGCACGGGGACAAACUAUUGUCCCAGUCAGUGGGGCCCUGUGUCUGGCAUGCAUCCUGUCCUUGUUCCCGGUCUUUGUGUCUGUUUCCUCCUUUGGACUCUGUCUCUGUGUUCCAAGGCCCCUUGGCUUAUCCUCCACAUCCUCCUGCGUGGGAGCCAAUGAGCCUUUGGAUCCCUUUGGCUUAAAACUUGGAGCUGCCUUUGUUACCUGUUCUGGAGGAUAACUCCUUCAAGGACUGAGGGAGAAACUGGUGGGGCAGACAGAAGGGUCUGGGCAUAGGCCUAGGGGUGCUGGAAUGGCAGAAGCUGGGGGCCAUACAUAGAAUGAGUUCUGCCACAGAGGCCUGGGAGAGCUAGGGUUGUGGGCAGGCCAAGAGGAUCAAGAUAGACCGUGGAUGUGGGGACACGCCUUCCUCCCUGCCUGGCACAGGCUGGCACCUGGUUCUACCCUAGAUUCCUGGAGGGAACCUACAUGUUGGUGUCCCCUGCAGGGUAUCCCACUGUAUGGCAUGGAGACCUGUGGCUGUGAGGCUCCCGGGGGCUCGCCUUGGACCGCGAUGGGGCCCGGCUGCGGCCUCCUAACGGGACUGAGGUGUGCAGCCCGCGAGCUGCCGCUGCCCGCAUCUCGGAGCACCCCCGCCCCUCCCCUGGCCCGGCGCGGGCCCGGUGCCCGCCAUGAACGGCCUGUCGGUGAGCGAGCUCUGCUGCCUGUUCUGCUGCCCACCCUGCCCGGGCCGCAUCGCUGCCAAGCUCGCCUUCCUGCCUCCCGAUCCCACCUACUCUCUGGUACCUGAACCUGAGCCGGGGCCCGGUGGGGCUGGCGCUGCCCCCUCGGGUCCCCUGCGGACCUCAGCGGCCACACCCGGGCGCUGGAAGAUCCACCUGACGGAGCGUGCUGACUUCCAGUACGGCCAGCGCGAGCUGGAUACCAUCGAGGUCUUCGUGACCAAGAGCGCGCGCGCCAACCGCAUCGCCUGCAUGUAUGUGCGCUGUGUACCGGGUGCCAGGUACACGGUUCUCUUCUCGCAUGGCAAUGCAGUGGACCUGGGCCAGAUGUGCAGCUUCUAUGUUGGCCUGGGCACACGCAUCGGCUGCAACAUCUUCUCUUAUGACUACUCUGGCUAUGGGAUCAGCUCUGGCCGGCCCUCGGAGAAGAACCUCUAUGCUGACAUUGAUGCAGCCUGGCAGGCCCUGCGUACCAGGUAUGGCAUCAGCCCAGACAGUAUCAUCCUGUAUGGCCAGAGCAUUGGCACUGUGCCCACAGUGGAUCUGGCGUCACGCUACGAGUGUGCUGCAGUGGUUCUGCACUCGCCUCUCACCUCGGGCAUGCGGGUGGCCUUCCCUGACACCAAGAAGACCUACUGCUUCGAUGCUUUCCCUAACAUCGAGAAGGUGUCGAAGAUCACGUCACCGGUGCUCAUCAUCCACGGCACAGAGGACGAGGUGAUCGACUUCUCUCACGGGCUGGCACUGUAUGAGCGCUGCCCAAAGGCUGUGGAGCCGCUGUGGGUGGAGGGCGCUGGGCACAAUGACAUUGAGCUGUACAGUCAAUACCUGGAGCGCCUACGCCGCUUCAUUUCCCAGGAGCUGCCCAGCCAACGCGCCUAGCCAAGCUGCAGGGACCUCAGCAGUACAUGGGCCUCCUGCCGGGACUGCAUGUGACCCGGAGCCCAGGACCCUGCCUGGCACCCCAGGGGCCAUGAGCCAUGUUCAGGCGUCAGAGGUCCCUCUUCUCUCCUCAUGGAAGCAAAGAGAAGGAAAGAGGGAAACUAAUUAAAGGAUUAAGAUUUUAGG